AUGUCGUUUUUUGAGCAGAAAAACGACGUGUCGUUUGGGCUCUAUCAGCCAAACGACAUGUCGUUUUUCAUUGACUGGGAGUUCUUUUUUGAGCAGCAAAACGACAGGUUGUUUUUGACCCUGCGACACGUCGUCCUCCACAAACGACAUGUCGUUUUUGGAAAACAACAUGUCGUUCAGGAAUUAAAAAAUGCACAUGGGGCUUUAAGCAUUCUAAGAACCUCUGCCAUGUUGACACUGAAUGGAACCAACCACAAACAGUGGGUAGAAUCUCUCAUGUUGAAUUUGACUCUUAUGAGAGUGGAUUUGGCCUUGAGAAUGGAUGCACCUCCUAAACCUGCUGAUGAUGCCACUGAAAAGGAUAAGAAAUCCUAUGAGGAUUGGGAGCAUUCCAAUCGCUGUUGUUUGAUGCUUAUGAGGUAUCACAUGGAUGAGUUCAUUCGUGAUAGUAUUCCUCAGAUUGAAAAUGCAAAGGAUUUUCUUGCUGCCAUUAAGGAAAAGUACAAAAAGUUCUCGAAGAAUGAGAAAAAUGAGUGCUUGACUUUGUUCCAUCGCACUAAUUAUGCUGAUACGGGUGAUAUUAGAGCCCACAUUGACAAGCUCAUGGGUUGUUACCAAAAGCGCAAGGGCAUGGGAUUGGAUCUUAGUGAGGAUUACAUGGUGUGGUUUGUGAUGGAAACCAUUCCUUCUCAAUUUGAUUCGAUCAGAUCAAGCUACAAUGCUCAAAAGGAGCAGUGGACCAUUGAGGAGAUGACUGCUAUUCUUGCCAAAGAAGAAGAGGACAUGAAAAAGGGGAGAGCAAGAAGUAUCUCCAUGGUGACCAAUCCAAACAAUUCUCACAAGAGAAAGUUCACUCCCAACAACUCUAGUGACCAAAGGUUUCAUAAGAAGAAAGCCACCAAUCCUAAGGGAAAUGGACAUGCUAGCUCUUAUUCAACUGGUCAUAAGAAUGAGUUUUUCAAAGGGAAGUGCAACUUUGGUCAAUGCUUCGGGCAUAAGAAAGCUGAUUGCCGAAAGCUUAAAGCUCACUUAGAGAAGAAAGGCAAUGACAAGUCGAAGAAGGCCGAGUAGGUUGGAGGAGUAUGUAUACAUGGGAGACGAUACUAAAGUCAGAGUUGAAUUUUUUGGGACUGUUAAUCUGCAGCUGAAUACUGGGCAUUUUUUGGAGUUGCAUGAUGUUGCUUAUUUACCCUCUAUUAGGAGGAAUUUGAUAUCUGUAUCUAUUUUGGAUAGACUAGGUUAUAGUCUUCAUUUUGGAACUGGAAAACUGACUUUGUAUCGUGACUCUAUGUUGAUUGGAAAUGGAACUUUGUGUGGAAACUUAUAUAAGCUUGAUUUACUUGAUGUUGUUCCUGUUACUUCUCCCUCUUGUUCUUCUUCUUCUUCUC